UGGCUGGUGGAGAAAUGCAGUCAUAGGUAUCACUGCCUGAACUUGAAGAGUGGACCAGGUGGAAAUCAGGUCACAGAGCUGUUCAGGAAGAUGCAGAGACUGGUGACAGAAAAUAGUGACAGCUGUUUUAAAAUGGAGGGACUGCUUUUACAAGAGGUGGAGGAAAAGAAGAGGAUAGUGGAGCAAAGGGCUCAGCAGAGAUUGAUGAAGAUGCAGAAACAGAGAUCUCUGCUCAAUGGGGAGUCAUGUCAUCUCUCCGAAAUCAGAGUCGUGCUGCUUGGAGCUCGGGGCUCAGGGAAGAGUUCAGCAGGAAACACCAUCCUGGGUCAAGGAGGAAGCUUUGAGGUCAGAAGGAGAACAGUGCAAUGGAUGGUGGGAGCAGGUGAUGUUGCCGGGAGACAAGUCACUGUGGUGGACACUCCAGGCUGGUGGAUGAAUUACUUCUCUCAGGAUAGUCCUGUUUUUGACAGACACUAG